AUGUCUGUGAAAAAUCAAACAGCGACUGAAUUCUUCCUUCUUGGAUUCCAAAUGAUCGGUAAUUUUAAAGUGGUCUUUUUUCUUCUAAUAUUUAUUGCAUACAUUAUGACGGUAACCAUAAACACUAUGAUCAUUAUAUUGGUAACCACACAACGAAAACUGCACUCUCCCAUGUACUUCUUCCUAAAACAACUGGCGUUCACAGAAAUUAUUGUGGUUACUAUCAUAGUCCCCAACAUGUUACAAGUUAUAUGGCUAGAAGGUGUCCUGAUUUCUGUUAAAGGUUGCAUCACUCAAAGUUACCUUUAUGUUGCUGUAGGAUGCACCGAAUGCUACCUCCUUACAGUAAUGUCCUAUGAUCGAUAUUUAGCCAUUUGCAAUCCUUUGCUUUAUAACUCUAUCAUGAACCUUAGGCUUCAGUACCGUAUGGUCAUCUGCUGCUGGACAAUUUAUUUUCUACUAACAAUGAAAACACUUGUUUUUCUGUGUAACCUUCAGUUUUGCGAACGUGCUGUUAUUGACCAUUUCUUCUGUGAUAUUGUUCCAUUUAUUGAAUUUUCGUGUUCGGAUACUUUUGGACUACGAAUUGAAAUAUUUGUCCUUUCAUAUCCUAUAAUUAUUUUGCCUUUUAUUUUGAUUAUGAUCAGCUACAUUUGUAUAUUUAUAACUAUCCUUGGUAUUUCAACCACCACUGGAAGAAAAAAAGUAUUCUCUACCUGUGGUUCACAUCUCUCUGUUGUGUGCAUAUUUUAUGGAACAUUGAUAACAAAUUACUUAGUUCCUAAAGAAGGUCACUCUUCUGCUAUAAACAAAGUGAUAUCAUUGGUAUAUACUGUGAUUACUCCAUUGGUCAGCCCAAUAAUAUACAGCCUUCGUAAUCAGGAGAUGAGAAUUGCCAUGGUUUUAUUAAAACCUAUAUAG